AUGGCCAAUCCAGCCUGCUUCAAAUACCUGGAAGACAUUCACACUUCUAAAUGGUCUCGCACUUACUUCCUUGGCAACAGGUACAAUCUCAUGACCAGCAACGUUGCAGAGCAGCUGAACAAUGCAAUCUCAAAAUCCAGAGCUUCCCCCAUUGUUGAGAUGUUCAUGUUCAUACAGCGAAUGCUUACCCGCUGGUUUUCAGCUAUGAGGACUAAAUCAUCAAAACAUAGGGGAUUUUACACACCAGAGGUUGAUAAGGUCAUUCAGACUCACAUCAAACUUACUAAAGGCAGCAAAAUCUCCCCAUCUAAGGAAUGGAGCUUUUCUAUAAGGGGGAUUUUUGGCCAUGGCAACACUGUCCACCUGGAUACUAAGGCAUGCACAUGUCAGGUAUUCCAGAAGCUGAAAAUACCUUGCGGUCACGGACUCAUGGCGGCAGACUCAGUUGGACUUUCCUACCUGGCUUAA